GAUGUGAAUGACAAACCUAAUUUCUUGUCGCCGUUCAUCUUCCACCUCUCUCAUACAUCUCUUUACUGCCACCGAUUGCAGCUCAUCUCCCGCCGGCGUCGCCGCUGCAAACAAUGUCAUUGUUGCUGCCUUCAACAAGCUCUGCGAUCUGGUUGCGCCUUCUCUGUCACUUCCAAUAGAGAAUGCUUGCUCACUGAGUCGCACCAGUAAAUCAGAUCUACCAAAAUGUUCGACGGCAUCUUCGGUCAGAGAUUCAUCGCGAAAUGGGAAAAAACUACUCACAAUGGAGAAGAAAGGGUCUCGCAGAUGGAUGAGCGGCGGUAGCAACAGGAGCCUGUUUCCCAUGUUGUGGCUUGUCCCUCACCAAAUGAUAUUCUUGAGUGGCGUAAGCUUAUUUUAUAAUGUUAACUCUUUGCAAUCUUUUUUUUUCCUUUUUGUCUGGGCAUUGAUUUUGAAAACUCAGAUUAUGUGUUGGAGGGAAUUGAAGGAAAGCCUUUUGCAGGUGGAUAUUACCAUGGAAAGAUCAAAUUUCUUCCAGAUUAUCCAUUCAAACUACCUGGAAUCAGGUGAUGCUUCUUGCUGCUGUACUAUUAUUUUAUUAGUGUUCAUUUCAGUUAUGUGGUUUAUUGUUAUAUUACCUAAGCAUAUGCUUUUGGUCAUAUAUAGCAUGAUUACACAUAAUGGACGGUUCAUAACAGAAAAAAAUAUCUACUAUUCUCUAUGUGACUUUUGUCCUGAAAGAUGGAAUCCUAUGUGUUGGGUAUCACGUGAAACAUUCAAAAAAAUGUCCUAGAGUAAUGUCAUGAGUAAUUCAGAAAAAUGUCCCAAGACACAUCGACAGCUGUAAAUUUCUCCCGAGUCAAGUCGUCAGCAGCUGCAAAUUGGUAGUAUCUUCAUAUGGAAUUGAAUCAAGAGAGUGAGAUUUUAUCGCCAAAAGACUUAGGAAGUAGGUCAUCUGGAGCAAGCAACAGCACAGCAUGAAAUAUGAUGGAGAUUUUAUGUAUUAAGAGUUAUAUGUUAUGACAUUUAUAGUUGAAAAAUUAUGUUAUGUUUGAUACUUUGUAUAAGAGUUAUUACUUUUGAUUUCUAAUACUAAAAAAUCAUAUAUUAUGUUUAAUA